AUGGCAAUGGCAAACAACAAAACACAAUGUUUUACAUGCAAGCAAGAAAAAAUAACAUAUCCAUGUAAAGGAUGUUCAAAAGAAUUUUGUUUUACGGACUUAGCAGAACAUAAACAAAUAUUAAAUGAUGAAUUACAUCAUAUCACCAACGAAUAUAAUGAAUUUAAACAAAUAAUUAAUAAACGAAAACAAAAUCCGCAAAUUCAUUCAUUAAUAAAACAAAUUGAUGAAUGGGAGACAAAUUCAAUUGACAUAGUUCAACAAAAAGCACAAAAAUGUAGAAAAUUUGUCCUUGAAUCAUCAGAAACAUGUAUUAAUGAUAUUGAAAUGAAAUUUAAUAAUUUAAGUGAACAAGUAAAACAAAUUUACAAAGAAAAUGACUUUAAUGAAAUAAAUUUAAAUUAUUUAGGAGAUCAAUUAAGAAAAAUUACACAAAUAUUAAGUAAUUCAUCUAAUAUUUCUAUUCAACAAAGCUCACAAUCAUUGAUUAGUGAAAUUUCGAUUAUUUCAUCAAUAAAACUAAAACUCAACAGAUGGAAACAAAAUGCCAUCACUGUGGCUGGUGGAAAUGGAAAAGGACAACAACUAAAUCAACUCAUUCAUCUGUUAGGAAUUUUUGUUGGUAAAAACAAAAAUAUUUUUAUUGCUGAUUGUCAUAAUCAUCGUAUUGUGGAAUGGAAAUAUAAUGCAAAAGAAGGACAAAUUAUUGCAGGUGGAAAUGGACAAGGAAAUCGAAUGGAUCAAUUGAAUCAUCCAACAGAUGUGAUUGUUGAUCAACAAAAUCAUUCGAUCAUUAUUGCUGAUCGUGAUAACAGACGAGUGAUUCAAUGGUUGAAUCAAAAUCAACAAAUUCUCAUUCAAAAUAUUGACUGUGUGGGCUUGGGAAUGGAUAAACAUGGAUUUCUUUAUGUUUCUGAUAGGAAGAGGAAUGAAGUGAGACGAUGGUUAAUGGGAGAGUAUAAUAAUGAAGGAAUUGUAGUGGCAGGUGGAAAUGGACAAGGAAAUCAACUUAAUCAACUUAAUAUUCCUACUUUUAUCAUUGUUGAUGAAGAUCAAUCUGUUUAUGUAUCAGAUCAAGCGAAUCAUCGUGUGAUGAAAUGGAGAAAAGGUGCAAAACAAGGAACAGUCGUGGCUGGAGGAAAUGGUCAAGGAGCAAAUCUCAAUCAAUUGUCUUUACCUCACGGAGUAAUUGUUGAUGAUUUGAGUCGAAUCUAUGUGGCAGAUUGGAGGAAUGAUCGAGUAAUGCGUUGGUGUGAAGGAAAAGAAGAAGGUGAAAUUGUUGUUGGUGGAAAUGGUGGAGGAAAUCAAUUGAAUCAUCUCGGUGGUUUAUUUUUUGAUGAUGAAGAAAAUCUUUAUGUUGCUGAUCUGGAAAAUCAUCGAAUUGAAAAAUAUGAAAUAAUUUUGUGA